AUGGCGAGUCAAUGUUUUAUUUGUGCUACAGAAUUUAGUUUCUUCAAGAAGGAGUAUGGCUGUGCUAAUUGUGGUCAUGCAGUUUGUAAAAAAUGUUGUUCAAAGAAAGCAGUUGUUCCAAAACUUGGAACACAUCCCCAGCAUGUAUGCACAAAGUGUUAUGAGAGACUGACUCAUCCCAAUAGUGAGGUACAGAACAGAGAAAACAUGGCUAGGUAUUCACCUCCUUUGAACUUUAAAAAGAGACUUGAAGCACAAGCAUCUGGAGGGACAUCCACUGGGAUAGACAGUGCUAGAAGUGCUCAUUGUACACCACCACAUCAUUCUGGUGGGCAACUCAAAUACAAAGGAAUGUCACCAAAGGACCAAGAAAUAGCAGAAAGACUGGAAAAAUUAAAAUCUGAGAGAAGAAAAGAAAGAGGAUAUGUACCUAGUACUUCAGAAAUGGAAGAGAGAUUAGCAAAGUUGAAAGGAAUGGAUCCAGAAGUGUUCAAACAACCUUCCAAACCUGUAUACCAGCCACCAGACAACAGAACUUUCCAAGAUCAGUUUAAUGAUUUAUUUACAGAAAUAUCAGACGAGGUUACAUUAGACGCUAAAAUAGCCGGACAAACACAAGAUGAUGACAAAACUUCAAUAGACGAUGCUCCACAGGAACAGAUCCAUCAAGAUGGCCGUACCACACAGGCAGAAAACAGUCAAGAAAAUCCAGAAGAGAAAUCCAAAAGAUUAGCAGCAGAAGCUGAUAAACUGAUAGAAGAAACAAAACGUCAAAUUAAAUUAGCAGAAGGAAAAAAAUCAAUUGAGCAAGAGGUGGAGGAGAGGCUCGGAAGAUUACGUAGCAAUGAUGGGGUGACCCCAAUUGGGGAAGCAACAGCAUGCCCUACAAAUAUAGACGAUGAUGACUUGAGUGAAGAAGAAUUAAGGAAACGAGUUAUAAAAGCGAUAAUGGAUGAAGAUGCCCUUGAUAAGAAAGUCAGAUCUGAAGGUUAUGGUGACCUCCUGGAAAAAGCACUGAGAAGAGACAUUCCCAUUGAUCCGGAUGAGUUGCCAUGGUGUUCUAUAUGUAACAAUGAUGCCAUACUACGAUGCCAAGGAUGUGAUAAUGAACUAUUCUGUAAACGGUGCUUUGGACUAGGACACGAUAGGAUAGACAGACAUGAUCAUAAAACUACACCUUAUCCACCAUCAGGCAUUCAACAAUGA